GUAUGGAUGGACUGGACUCGACAUCGACAGCCUGCACGGUGUACUGUGCUGUGUUAAUGUUCAACGUUGGUUGGCGUUUGUGGAACACAGACGAAUUUUGCUGUCACGAAUUAUUUCAUUGGCCUCUAAGCCGCAUCCUGAAUCAAAGAUGGGAGAUACUCCCAAGCCACGUCGAGUUCCCUCCGGCGUCCAAGAUGCGGGUGGAGUCAAGGACCCAAACACAGAGCUGCGUCGGGAUGAGGAGAUACAUCAGUUUGACUCCAAGACAAGCCUCGAGACUCGAGCUGUCUGCUCCUUGCCCAGGCUGAAGGGCCGUGAGUUGACCACGCCCCUCGUACCAUCCAUCAGUGUUGCCUCGACAUUCCGCAUCAAUAAAGUUGAUGAGUUCAUGGAUUGUUUGAGGGACGGCUACAUUUACAGCCGACUGGCAAAUCACUCCUGCGAGUCCGCUGCCCACGCUAUCAAUUCCCUAGAGGGCGGUGUUGGCACGCUAGUCUUCUCCAGCGGUAUAGGGGCGAUCACAACCACACUGCUUGCCCUUCUGAAGAGCGGGGACCAUGUGAUUGCUCCAAAUUCUGCCUAUUCUGGAACAUAUGUCUUGAUGAAGACCAUGCUUCCAAAUUACGGGGUUGAGGUGACGUUCAUUGAAGCCUGUAACAUUGAGGAGUAUAAAAAGGCCAUAAAACCCAACACUAAGAUUUUUUACGGUGAAACACCCUGUAAUCCGUGUUUGGCUGUUCUGGACUUGAAGGCCUUUGCUGAUGUGGCCAAGACCGUGCCGACGGCUAUCAGCAUGGUCGACUCCACAUUUGGCUCCCCCUAUCUGCAACGCCCUCUUGAUUUAGGGGUAGACAUUUCAAUUCACAGUUGCACCAAAUAUCUCGGAGGUCACAGCGAUAUUGUCGCCGGAUCCGUGAGUACCAAGGAUGAAGAGAUUCUCUAUGGUGUCGGCGAGUUCCAGAAACAGACAGGGAGUUGUCUGUCUCCGUUUGAUGGUUUCCUGUUGCUGCGUGGGGUGCGCACACUGCCGUUGAGGAUGGAAAAACACAGCCAGAAUGGGAUGAAGAUUGCGCAAUAUCUUGAGCAACAUCCCAAGGUCAGCAAGGUGUAUUACCCUGGCCUGCCGUCCCAUCCCCAGCAUGAGAUCGCCAAGAAACAGAUGUCCGCCUUCGGUGGGAUGGUCGUCUUCGAGAUGGCUGAUGGACUUCAAGCGGCUAAGACUCUGACUGAGUCGGUGAAGCUGAUCACCUUAGCCGUGUCCCUGGGUUCCAUCGAGAGUCUAAUUGAGCACCCGGCCUCAAUGACCCAUGGCCCUUAUCUCAUGACCGCGGAGGACAGACGGGAAGGAGGAAUCUCAGACGGACUUGUCAGAAUGAGUGUUGGCAUCGAGAAUGCGGAUGACCUAAUCCGAGAUCUUGAACAAGCUUUUGCAAAAGUGUGAAGAAGAUUUCGCCAAGAAACCUCAUGACCUCCUCUACUAACAUUUCUUUUAAGGAGUUUAAUGAAAUAUAUUUUAGUUUGGGUUUAUUCUUCAAUUCAGACAUUAAAUCUUGCUCAUAUGGAACCAGAAUUUCCCAUUUUUCUUGUCAUCAACUUGUUUACAGAUGGACCUCGUUUCUGUGCUUGUUAAAAACUUGUGAUGAAAACUCUUUAAGCUGAACGGAACCCAAGUCUACUAACUUGACAUCUUGUGAGGAUUGUGUUGACAAAUCUUGACUUUGUAGUACAAAGCAAAUUUUAGGUUGCAAGUUGCACCCAACCACCCUGACUCAAAAAAACAUACACAAGUCAUGCCAUCAUCCUUAAUAUUCAUCUGGAGUUUUCUUUGUUCAUCUUUAAAAUGCGUUUGGUUUUGCUUCUUCUUCUUGCUCCUGUUUCGUUAAUAUUUUAAUUAUGCAAUUAAUAUUUUAAUUGUAUUAUUAAAAAUCAUGAAGAUGAUUAUUAUUUUUAAAAAUUUAUUAUUUUUUCAUAAAAGUUGUGUUGCUGAAAUUUCAGAGAGGAAAUUAAAAAAGAAACUUUUAUAAAAGUAUAUAACAUCAAUUCCAAACUCAGGGCAGCUAAAUCCAGUAUUGCUCAGAAAUUGUAUUCAAUUUAUUGAAUUGUGUCUCGUUUUCCUACGGUUUUUCCAUAGAUGAAUAUUUCAUUUUCACGUCAAUUUAUUAUUUCAUUUACGGUGAAUAAAUAAUUGUUUUUAAAGA